AUGCUCGCAGCAUAUUCUGCCUUGUUGCAGCGACGGCCCUUGAUCAUCAAAGGAUGCAGUGCUGGCUUGCUCUUCAGCCUGGGAGAUUUCAUGGCGCAGAGAUUGGAGACGGCUGAAGCAAUGGAUUUGCAGCGGCUGAUGGCGUUCGGAAGUUAUGGAGCAUCUUGGUAUGCGAUCAGCCAGCAUUACUGGUUUGCCUGGAUGGAGCGCCAUGUCGCCUGUGGCUGGUCUCCCUCUUCGGCCGCUGUUGCGCGGGUUGCGGCGCAUUCGGCGGUGUUUGCGCCUUUCAGCAUCGUUUCGUUGUUUGGUUGGAUGACAAUCACCACUGGCCGAUCCUGGCAAGAGCUGAAAGACAUUUGCCAUCCAGAGGCCAUUUUCAGCACAUGGGCAGCCGGAACCAUUUUCUGGAUUCCCACCAUGCUGGGCGUCUAUCGAUUUGUGCCCCUUCAGGGACGCGUGGUUGUGACAUCUGGAGCCAAUGUGCUUUGGAGCCCUGCUGUGAUGCCCAAUUGGGUGACCUGGUGGCAAGCCCCGGUCUGUCAGGUGGGCACUUGGUCCUGGGGCAACGAGUCCUUCGGUCAUGGAUUGCGGGCUGGUAGCCAUGAAGCCAAGGAGGCGGUAGCUGCAGCCUUCAACGCGGCCGUGCGCCGUGGAUGCUACUUCUUUGACUCCGCGCCCACCUACGGCCGGGGCUUCGCCGAGGAGAGUGGCUGGGGCUGA